CCGUCUCUCUCUUGGUGUAUUUUUUUUUCAAACUCGAUUCCCUCUCCCUUCUAUCUAGGUUGGGAAUUUCAGUGGUCGUAUCACCGUUAUCACCUUUCGUUGUCCACUGUCACCAUUCGCCGUCCGUCGCCGCACUCCGAUCUUCGUUCGACGCCGUUUUUCUUAGGGAAUAUCAUUUGUUUAUGAAGAUUCCAAAUCUGAGCUUAGAUUUGCGAUAAAUUCUUUCAAUCGACGCAGAUCUUAACUCUAUUCACUACCAAUUUUUAUCGCCAACUGCCGUCCGUGUUUAGCACCGUCUCACAUCCAAGCUCUGCGUCUUUUGGUGAUCACAACCCCCUUAUCAUAGAGUCGAGUUUCGUUGCUGCUCUCCGAGACUACUAUUUCUUUUAAAACCUGGUCUCGCAGACACCUAUGUGAAACAUCAUCGUCUUUGGUUUUGUCGAGUCGAUUGUGCUUGCAGUCUGCUCAAGGUUUUUGAGAAAUAGGGAAAGGACUCAAAAUUGAAGGAAGCCAAGGGAAAAGGCAAGCAAGCUGGAGGUGGAAGUGAUGAAACUGCUUCAAAGGGUAAAGGGAAAGACAUGAAGGGAGAUGGCAUUGGCACUUGCACUUAUGUUAAAGCGAGGCACAUCUUGUGCGAGAAGCAAGGGAAGAUAAAUGAAGCGUACAAGAAGCUACAAGAUGGUUGGCUUAGCAACGAUGAUAAGGUCCCACCGACUAAAUUUGCAAAGAAAUAUAUGGAGACUGAGAGCACUAAAGGGAUUUUUCCAUUACCACAGCUUCCUUCGCAAAAUUAUGGAAUUACGAAAUCUAUAUCCCUCGCGGGAUCGUCUCGGAUCCGAGGUAUGGUGGUCUCAGGGAGUUUUUACGCCCACUCACCUUUGGGUUUAGCCAAACGAGAGGGAAGACUAAGGUUAAAGGCUCCGUCCGAGAACUUUGCUUCAAGGUCGGCAGCUACAAGCCGAUUACAGUUUCUACAAUCUCAACAAAGUAACAAAAUUUGUGUUGACUAUAAAAAUAAAAAUCCACAGUGGGCUUUGGUAACCUACGGUGUUUUCAUGUGCUCAGAAUGUUCCUGCAAACACCAAGGCUUAGGUAUACAUAUCUCGUUCGUUCAAUCUGUUAACAUGAACUCUUGGUCAGACAUCCAGAUUAAGAAAAUGGAAUCAAGUACCAAUGACAAGCUCAACUCUUUUUUGGCACAAUAUGGUAUUCCCAAAGAAAUUGAUAUCGCUAUCAAGUAUAACACUAUUGUUGCGAGUAUUUAUCGUGAUCGUAUGCAAGCUCUCGCCGAAGGCCGUGUAUGGAAGAAUCCACCAGUUAUGAAGGAAUCUGUCAAUGGUGAUUCUGGUGGUAAUCAGAAGCAAUCGGCAAGUGCUUUUAGAUCAGGAAAUUAUCAAGGUUGUAUAAUGGGAGGUAUUAUGGUGAAGUCGAGGUCAAGUGAGGACAAGCAUACCAGAUCCCGAUUGGAUGUUUCGUCGACAAAUAAGGAGACUUUUUUGGCCAGCAGAAAGGCGGACAAUAAAUUUAGGCCUGAAGGUUUGCCUCCUUCACAACGAAGAAAUUAUGGGAUUGGGAAGCGAGCUUUAGUAGAGGCAUCAGCAGCUCAACCUGCCGAAUAUGUUGUCCACGCUAGAAUCAAGGAGUUUAGCACAAAGGGGUGUAGUGGUAACAACUCUGAUGAAGGAGCAAGAACUGAGAGAUUCGAAUUUAAUAAUUGGUGGAAGGAAGGCCAUACAAAUGUUAGUAAUGGGUACAGAAGUGGAUGCUUCACGUUAUUCAUUAAAAACCUACCAGAGAAGAUCCAUUGGAAGAGACUUGGAUCUUUAUUUUGCACUCACGGUCAUGUUAUUGAUGCCUUCAUUCCUAACAAAAGAAAUUCGAAAGGGGUUCGUUUUGGGUUCAUUCGCUUUGCAACAAUUGAAGAAUCAAGGAAAGCGAUAUCAAAGAUGAAUGGUGCUCAUAUUUACGACAGCAAAAUUAGAGUCUCUUUGGCUAAAUAUAAACCUCGACAAUCUUAUUGGAGAAAGUCUUCGACAUUUGUUUAACGUAAGUCUGAGAUGGAAGAUGUUUCGAGUAAUAAACAAUGUGAAGUUGAGGGUUUUGUAGAUGAAGAUAAACUUCACGUGUUGAGUAACUGUCUUGUGGGGUGGUGCAAGAACUUUACCAAAAUCGGUGAUCUUGCUAACCAAAUGCAAGCCAAAGGACUAGCUGGUUUCACGCUAAUGAGAGCUACUGGAAAUGUAGUUCUAGUGGUUUUUGAAGACUAUGAUUCGUUGAGAAGCGUAAAGGAUGAUAAAUUAAAGACUCUUGCAAAAUGGUUUUCUAGAGUUGAAACUUGGUCAGAGAGUCUGGUGGUGGAGUGUCGUCGCUUGUGGUUAGUUUGCGAAGGUGUUCCUUUUCACGCUUGGAAUUGAGAUACUUUCAAAAACAUUACAGUUAAGUAGGGAAAAUUAUUAGCAAUUGACAACAGCUGUGAGUUUCCAUCGUCCUUUGAUCGAGCUAAAAUUCAAAUACUCACAAAGGCUCAAGUGAGAAUUGAUGAGUUGAUGGAGUUGAAAGUCGGUGCUAAUUUAUUCAAAAUCAUGGUGCAUGAAGUUGAUCCUUCCUUCAAACCAAAUUCUUGGGUCCCUGAAGAUUGCGAUAUUUCAUUAGAACUUGUUCCUUCAAUUGGAUCGUAACUGUUCGGCAGCUGUAUUCAGAAGCGUUUCUUUUAGUUUUUUUGUUGUUGCAAGUGUUGGUUUUUAUUUUGUUAUGUUCUUUUGCAACUUGAGGCGUUUCUUCUCAUUAUCUUGAAGGGCUUGUUUACUCCGACUAUUGUUACGCUUGUCUUGUCCUUUUUUUGGGUUUCAGCCUUGACAUUAAGUUUGUCAAUGUGUUUAACUUCGUAUUUCACUCUUUUUCAGCCUUUCAUAACACAGAUGGAUGAUGAUGAAAUCUGUGAGGAAAUUAGUAAGCUAGAGGAGAAGCUCAAUGAACAGGUUUCAAGGAAGAAAGUCUUGCUUGAUAAUCUGUUGAAAACUGUCUCAGAAACAAGAACACUUCAGGAGAAGGAAUUUGAACAAAAUGCUCUUGACAAGCUUGUCACGAUGGCUUAUGAAAAGUACAUGAUUCUCGCAUCAAUAAUCUCAGGAACUAUACAUGAUACUAGGUUAUGCUUUAAGUUGUCAUUUGCAAUCAAUUUUGGCAUUGCACUCCUUGCUUCUCUCCCCCUCUCCUAGCAUCUGUCGUAGUAAGAAGUCUAAAAGGGUUGCUGGUAAACUGUUCUCUUGGAUUUCCUGAUCGAGGGACUUAUAUACCUGGGAUUGAACGAUAGAAUGCCAUCCACCAUCUUCUGAUAAACCUGGCAUUACCACUGAGAAUUGUAUUUAUCAGCGAUGGUAUGUAUCAAGUUACAGCGAGAUGUAAUCUUUGAAGUACACCGAGAUGCGUGGGAAGUUGUGCAGGCAAAAUCAAGAGAUCAUCAUCUUUUAUGAUCCUAUAUUGACAGAUGACAAUCAUCCACAAAAACAUGGCUGUUUCAACAAUUGAAAACUGUGACCUUUGAAUUUGUUUUGUGCCAACUCUUAUGUUAAAAAGGCUUGUACUAAAAUGUCUUGCAACGAGUAAGAAGCUGCGAUCUCUUCUA